CGGACAUAUGAGACUCCUAACGCUCUAUUUUCUUCAAUGUCUAAUUCCUGUGAAUGGAGAACAUCUGAGCUAGACUCAGGGAUAUAUAUACCCGCAUGGCUUCUUAUCUCCGGCUCGGAUCGGCGGUAUAGCCUUAGACCCGUUCCGUGACGCGGGGAAUGCCUCGGCAUUGCUAAAUCCCUGUUGAAAUGUCCCACAUGGUUAAGUAGCUCUGAACGCUGGACUCUUCUUAUUAUAUUUGAAGUGCCAGAACCGCUCAUAUCUUUUACGAAUCCAUAUAGCCCUUGUCUAAGUCGCAUAUACAAGUCUUUUGGCUGUAUUGGAUCCAGAAUUGCCUUGCUAUCGUCACAGUACCAAACACAGCACCACCGAAGUCUACAGCAUCACCGACAACGAUCAGAGGCGUUUUGAAGAAUCUAAUUGCAAGACAGAACUGAGAAUAGUGAGCUAGUACUACAAAUUAUACCAUGGCGCCCCCGUCAGACCCAUCGAGCGCCUCGAGGAGAGCCCAGUCCAUCGCUGGCCAUCUUCAAGUACCACAGGCGACAAAAUCAACAGAUUACAAGUUUGAGGGAUGGCUGGGGUUAGACAAGACUGCAGCGGCAGGAAAUAUGGUGUGGGGCGAGUUCCAACCAAAGACGUGGACGGAGGAUGAUGUUGAUAUUAAAGUCUCCCAUUGUGGUAUCUGUGGUUCUGAUAUUCACACACUGAGAAGCGGCUGGGGACCCUCAAUUUAUCCAUGCUGCGUCGGCCACGAAAUCGUCGGAGAGGCCGUCGCCGUGGGCAAAAAUGUCAAGCACAUUAAAGUUGGAGAUCGCGUGGGAGUUGGUGCACAAUCCGGCUCGUGUCUGAAGUCUAGCUGCUUUGAGUGCUCAAACGGACUCGAAAACUAUUGCACAAGAAUGGUGGGUACAUACAGUAGCAAGUACACCGAUGGCUCCAAGUCUUUCGGCGGAUAUUCGAAGUAUGUGCGUGCGCCCGCCCACUUCGCCGUCCAGAUUCCAAAAGAGCUGGACUCGGCCGAAGCGGCUCCUAUGCUCUGCGCAGGUGUCACUAUGUGGUCUCCUCUUAAAAAAGCCGGCGCUGGCCCUGGAAAGACAGUUGGGAUUGUUGGAAUAGGAGGAUUGGGCCAUUUUGGCUUGCUGUGGGCAAAGGCACUUGGCUGUGAUAAGGUUAUUGCCAUUUCGCGCGGAAGCUCGAAAAAAGAGGACGCCCUGAAGAUGGGAGCCGAUGAGUUUAUCGCAACGCAAGAGGACCCAGACUGGGCAAAGAAGAACAGGCGCAAGCUGGACAUCAUUAUUUCCACAGUUUCCGACGCUAAGAUGCCUCUAUCAAAAUAUCUCCAACUACUACGCACCAACGGACGAUACAUCCAAGUCGGUGCGCCGGAAGAGGCUAUUCCUAGCUUCAGGAUUGGAGCAUUAAUUGCAAAGGCAGUUAAGAUAGAAGGAAGCUCUAUUGGUUCACCGGGAGAGCUCAACGAGAUGCUAGAGUUUGCUGCCAAGAAGAACAUCCAUCCAUUUAUCGAGAAGAGGGAUAUGAAGGAUGCAAAUCAAGCGAUUGUUGAUAUGGAGGAUGGAAAGGCAAGGUAUAGAUAUGUGCUCUGCAAUUAGUAUUUGUGUGUAUAUCUAUAGAAUAAAUAGAAAACGAGC